AUGAACGCUCCGCUCUGGUCCACCAAAGCACGCCCGCUAUCUGAUAUCCGAGAACUCACCGAGCCAAGCUUGGUUGAAAUCCCUCGGAAGCCCUUGCCCGAAUCGAGUAUUGUGCGAAAAACUUCGUUGUCUCGAAACCAAUCAGUGAGAUCAGUAAGAUCAGCAAGAUCAAAUCGUCGUCCCAGCACAGACAGCCACUUGGCGGAGAAUCGAAAACCAGACGCAAAAGAGGCUGAAAUCAGAGGGCAAGAGAGUGUCGGAUCAGCGAACAGGGGGAGAGCGUCACCUCAAUCUCCUCCGCUUGGUACCGACAACACCUAUACAAGCAUCUAUAGCAUCCCUCGUAGCAGUGUCCCACCUCGGUCAUCUUCCCAACCCCGACGAAGCACUUCCCGUCGAAGACCAAACCCAACCGUGACUGAGUCCCCUGCGUUACGAGGCAUACCGUCAGUUCCUGCACUACCGCCUCCUCGAGAGUCGGGCAAUACAAUUCCUGGACGAGGCCACACGAACUCGCCCGUCCGACAAGUUGCUGCUCGGCUUGAUCCAGUGAGCUGUGACACCACGCGACGAGUUCCUUCGAGGACGUUCAUAAGAGAGCCAUUGACAGCCGACGUUCUAGAAUUCCCCACCCACCGUCACCCGCGGGUGGCCCUUGAAUUGGAACUCUCCGCUGGACUGUUCGUCGGAGGCAGCUGUGUUGAGGGCACAAUCCAAAUUACUGUGGAUGAUGCGGUGCGCGUAAGGCAUAGACGGGCACUCGACAUUGCCCGUAUAUCGGUUGACCUAGUUGGGGUCGAAGAGAUGACGGCUAACAGAAGAGUGACUUUCCUCAACCUAGCUACUGAGCUGAUUGACUCGGAUAAUCCACCGCCGUAUAGCAUGGUUGAGAGUCAGGAGCAGGUAGCGCCCGAUGACCCCUUUUGGCAUCUGAUUUCAUCAACGACAAACGUUCCUUUCCUCUUGAGUUUGCCUCUGGACGUUGGGCCUCCACCAUUCCAGUCCAAAUCUGCAAGGAUUCGAUAUGUGCUCUGUGUCACUCUAUUGGUCCGAGAACAAAUGAAACAAUACGUUGUAAGGACUUCUGAGGAUAUUACGGUUCUUUCAGUCUAUGAUCCCGAGAAGGCGUUGAUGUCGCUACCAAGCCCUCUUACUGCGUCGGACGAGUACUCGAGACCGCGGGAUAGCAGCAUAGAAGGCAUCAAGGUGACGGCAGGCCUACAUCGCCAGGUCUGGGUCAGUGGAACUAGCAUAUACGUCGACGUCCACGUUGCGAACAACAGCCGCAAAAACAUCAAAAGGAUUGAGCUGCAGCUGGAACGAGAUAUCCUCUGCUAUAAGCACGCUGCCGCAUCAACAGCAGAGAAAUCAGCAAGCCAAGCCCGAAUAUUCGACAGCAACGAGCGUUCCAUACUCAGCAAGUCUUCUAUCAAGCAAGGAACCGCGGGAUGGAAUGGCAUCGCCGCCCACACAACGCAUGUUCGAACUUGCGACCUAGAGUUGCCUCGUGGGCAUGCCACUGUGAAAUGCGGGAAGUUUUUCGAAGUUCGAUAUUUCCUGAACGUAAUCGUCAGCAGCGCACAUACAAAGCUUGUCACUGUCCAACUCCCAAUCGUACUCAUCCACAUGAAUUCUCUAGACGUGGUUCCCAACUCAGUUGCUCAAGUCGCUGCAGCCAUAGAAGAGAAGCGAUACCACCAAAACUUCCCCAAGAACCAAGAUUUACCCGGCCAUCUGGAGAGACGGCCUUCGCACCACUCAGUCCAAGGCCGCGCUUGGAAUGCCCCGCGGAUGCAAUCGCUGGAACGGAUGCGCAAGCAGGCCGAAGACAUAGAAGAGCUUGGUCAGAUUCUUGAUAACUCUCCCCGGAAAUUCGGAACGACCCGCCACGCAAACAGUGCAUUCAAUUACCACACGCCGCCAUCCAACCGCAAGGGGCGUGUCUUGGAAGGUGGUGACGCUGAGGAGGUCAAGAGAAGACUAAGGCAUGUGCGGAGCAGCGAGACAGUUGCAAGCAAGAAGACCGUCAUGCGCGGAUUCUCGCUCCGCGGGAGGCGGACAGGCGCAGGGAGCGCGAUGGGGUUUCGAGAAGCCGAAGUCCGCGAGGGCGUGGACCUUGGGGGCUUAACCCUUGGCGGGGACGGGAGUUUCCAGUCUCGGCUGGAGGCAGCACGGGAGAGACAAUACCAGUUCAAGAAGAAAAAGAGUGUCGAGCGGUGGAAGGGUAUUGGAUGGAUUAAGGGCGGCGGCGGCGGUGACAAGGACAAGGACAAGCCCGAAUCUUGGAUAUGA